AGAAUUAGAAGAGAGACUUCACAAAGCUAUUAACAAGCUAAGGAAAUUAUCUCGCAGGAAAGUUUGUGAAAGGAAACAUUUCGCACCUUAUUUUUACAGCGGUCAUACAAGAAAUGAAGGAAAGCAUGGUUAUCGCAGACGAGGGCCAUGAAACUAGCGAAGACGUAACGCAAGAGAAGGAUAUAGUAGCUCCCAAAGACUUAUGGCUUGAUCGAACUUGUGAACAAUACUAUUGCUCAGUUUCCACCCAAUCGGACACUAAUUACGAUGGAGAUUUUAUUAUAGGAGAUUAUUCUCAUAUAUUGUUCGGAUCACCAGACGAAAGCAUUCUGUGUGACAUAGAAGGUGUCGAGUUACAAGUUUCAUCCUAUAAGGACAGUACCAGCGAAGCAGCUCAGCCUUUCCUAGCUGUCGAAGAUUUUCAGUCAAAGCUCGUUUGA